CCGUUAACCGGUGUUUACAAGAGCGAAUAGUAUGAUUCCAUAAAACAUACUAGACCUAUUUUAUUAGACAUUCAUUUUCAAACCCUCCUUUCAUAACGUCAUUUGCCCAGGAGCUGUAGUAGAUUUAUUCUCUCUACAAGGUGUAAACCUACCGACACCGUUAUGUCGUUCAGUACAACUUUUAAGCUGAUGUCGGAGUAGAUUUGCUCUAGGCGGAAUAGCGUCAUAGGCAGGCACCCCACCCGCACGACUUCCACUGCGGCGUUUCUCCUCAACUGCUCACUAAUACAAUUCCCCAUUGCCCCUCCUCCAUGCUCGGAAAACGCACCCUCUUCUCCCUGCCUACCUCUUUCCUCAGGGUCCUCAACCCAAGAUUUUCCAUCCUACCAGCUACAAAUAGAUAUCUCGCGACAAUGGCGACCGACACGUCCACUUACAAACUCAACCAUACCAUGCUUCGGGUCAAGGACCCAAAGCGAUCGGUUGAGUUUUACAAGUUCCUAGGCCUGAACCAAGUCCAGCAGUUAGACUUCCCCGAAAACAAGUUCUCUCUCUACUUCCUCGCCUACAACGGACCCGAGUCGCUACAGGGCGACCGUCACUGGACAGACCGUCAUGCCGUCCUCGAGCUCACCCACAACCACGGCACCGAGAGUGACCCCAACUACAGCAUUGUCAACGGCAACACAGAACCCCACCGUGGAUUCGGGCACCUCGCCGUCUCCGUCGACAACAUCGAGCAGGCCUGCAAGAGACUCGAGGACGCUGGAUACCAAUUCCAGAAGAAGCUUACCGAGGGUCGUAUGAGGCACAUUGCCUUUGUGAAGGAUCCCGAUGGAUACUGGGUCGAGAUUAUCCGCCGCAAGGAUGAGGAUUACAACACUACCACGGACCCUAGCACCUACCGCCUAAACCACACCAUGCUCCGUGUGAAGGACGCAGAGAAGAGCUUGAAAUACUACCAGGAUGUCAUGGGCAUGACCCUCUUGAAGACCAACGAGAACAAGGAUGCUGGGUUCAACCUAUACUUCCUGGGAUACCCCGCUUCGAACGCCAAGGUGGCCGAGGGUGCUAGGAACCCGGUUGCUGAAUGGGAAGGAUUGCUCGAAUUGACGUGGAACUACGGCACUGAGAAGCAGGAGGGCCAGGUUUACCACAACGGUAACAAUGAACCUCAGGGAUUUGGCCACAUCUGUAUCUCCGUGGACGAUCUGAAUGGCGCCUGCGAGCGCUUCGAAGGCUUGAACGUCAACUGGAAGAAGCGCCUAACGGAUGGACGGAUGAAGAACGUUGCGUUUAUCCUUGAUCCUGAUGACUACUGGAUCGAGGUGAUUCAGAACGAGACUCUGAAGCGCACUAGCAACUGGUGAUCCAGAAAUUAAUUAGUUCAGUACAUAAAACAACGAUUAGUGGCCAUAUUUUAGCAAAAUAUUAGCAAUUUUGGUGAAGUAUUGCAUCCGUAGUUUAACCAAUUUCAUGAAGGAUCUCACCAUCUCGG